AUGGGUUCGAUCACAACCGCCCCGGGGAGCAUGGAGGUGAUCCCCGUGUCGGUAGGGACAUUGGCAUUGGACCCCGCAGUAAUCAAGGGUUUGUUGGUUGGCCUAUUUUAUUCAAAACGCGCGAUUGCUAACUUCGAUGAGCGGCUAGCUCUCGCCGAGGGUCAAGAAGUCCUGUCUGCAGAGAGGUAUGGAAAUUCUGCCUGGGCAUCGACUGCAAGAGUCACAGCCAAAAAUCGCGAUGGCACGCUACACGAUUACUUCCUGAAGAUCGUGAAAGGAGAACUCGCCGAGCCGCGAGUGCUAGGGGAAUUCUCCUGUAUGUCUGAGUUGCACAAGACCAUGCCUUCUAUUGUCCCUACACCGCGCGGCUGGGGCAAAUGUCAAGAUUCCAAGGAAUACUUCUUUCUCUGUGACUAUGUGGAGAUCGAUCACCGUCAGCCAAACCCCGUGAAGCUGGCGGAAGGUAUUUCGGAGCUUCAUCGAACCAGCGUCUCUCCGACUGGUCAGUUCGGCUUCCACGUUACCCCUUACGAUGGCAAGCUUCCGCUCGUGACCGAGUGGGAUAGCAAUUGGGUAUCCUUUUACAGAAAGCUACUGGAAGGCGUGUACAAGCUUGAUAUUCAAGCAAACGGACACUGGACGAAGCUAGACAACGCCAUGAAAAUCAUUUUAGAGAAGGUAGUCCCUCAGCUUCUUGGUCGCCUGUAUGAAGAAGAUCGAACCGUCAAGCCAUGCUUGAUUCACGGUGAUUUGUGGGAGGAGAACAUCGGCACGGAUCCUCGAACAGGGAACAUCUAUAUCUUCGACUCGUGCGCAUACUAUGCCCAUCAUGAGAUGGCAAUCGGGAUGUGGCGAGUCGAUCAUCACCACAUGAAAGCGAAAGAAUACCGCAAUGAGUAUUUCAAACGAUUCGAGCCAGAUGAGCCGGUUGAUGAGUACGACGACCGGAACCGGUUAUACUGCCUCAAGGAAAAGAUCAUGUACUCUGCACACGUUCCUGGGACCAAAGCGAGGGAACAGGCACUAGAAGACAUGCAGUACUUGAUCGAGAAGUUUGUCAACCCUGAAUGA